AUGGAGGGGAUCCCAUGCCCUUCGCCGUACCUCGGGGCUGGGCACUUUGCCGUGGAGAAGUCUCGUACCUCGAGCUACUGCGGGGCCGCUCUGCCCGGGGAUCCGGUCACCGACACCUGCGAGCCUGGGAACGCGGCGGGGGGCCCCCUCCCAGCCCCGUCCUCCCCUCCCGGGUGUCACCGCGCCCGGGCCGUCCCCGGCAGCACCCGCCGGUACCGAGACUUGGCCGGGGCUGCCGAUAGCCGGGUGGGCAGCGGGGUGGGGGCGCGGGCCUUUGAAGUGCUGCUGGAGCCGGCCACCAAGGUGCCAACUUCACACCCCUGGUCCCGCAUAAAGCCGGGGCUGCCGGGGGGCUGCAGCACUCACAGCCUCGCAGCCAUGGCCCGCUCGGCAGCCCCCGGCCUCCCGCUCCCCGCCACGGCCCCGCUGCAAGCCUGGGGGUGCCGCCCGAGCCCCGACCUCGAGGGCUACAGCAGCAGCUCGCCCGCAGCCUCGCCUGACUCCUGCGGCCUCUCGUCUCCCACCGCCGCCCGGGCACCCUGCCGCAGCCCUGCUGCUCCUCACGCCAGAGGUGCUCCUGGAGGCAGGAAAGGGGUCCGGGCUGCGGGACCCGGGGGCCCGCGGCAAAGCGCCAGCGAGCGGGAGAAGCUGCGGAUGCGGCGGCUGGCACAGGCGCUGCUGCGGCUGCGGCACUACCUGCCGCCCACCCUGGCACCCGCCGGGCAGAGCCUGACCAAGAUCGAGACCCUGCGCCUGGCCACCCGCUACAUCGCCCACCUCUCGGCCCUGCUGGGGCUCAGCGAGGAGGUGCUGGCCCGGCGGCGGGGCACACCGCCCCGGCACUGCCCGCUCUGCCCGCAGGGCCUGGGGUGCUGCCAGGGCCCGGUGCCCCGCCUGUGCGCACCGGCCCCGCGGGAUGCUUCGUCGCCCGGCUCUGUGGGCUGGGGGACCCCUCCGGAGCUGCACAGGUCUCCUGACAUGGAGACAGGAUCCUGGGGAUCAUCCCACUCUGUGCCUGCUGCUGAGAUCUCCCCAGAGCUGCUCGUGGUUCCCAGCACAGGGAUGGGUGUCUGGGGGUCACCCCCCUACAUCCCUGACAUUGAGAACCCCCCUGAGCCGCACGGAGAUGUCACCUCCAAUGUGUCCUCCUGGCUGUCCCCACCCCACUGUGCAGGGACCCCUCUGGACCCCCUCAGUGACCCUCUCCUGGACUCGGGACUGAUGCUGCCAGACUUCAUGGACGCAGGGGCCAUCACCCAGGACCUCUCCACGGACCUGUUGUCUCUUCUGGAGGCUCUGCUCCCACCACAGCUCCAUGACUGACCGUACUGAGCCCCCCAACUCC